AUGGGACCUCGGACCAAGCGAGAGGCAAAGCGCGACGAUGACGACGGACACGAUGACGGUAAAAUGGGUACACUGGUUGAUGGCAAGCCGGUCCUUGAACGGCGCAAUCCGUCGCACAUUAAGAAUAAAAUGAAGCGCCAGCUCGUGAUGCAAAAGUACCGCAAGGAGAAGAAAGAGGCCAAGAAGGCGACGCAGCUCAAGCGUCGACGGGAGGCGGAGGAGAUGGGCGAAGACGCGGCGCCCAAGAUGGAGCCGCGCACCAUUGACAACACUCGGGAGCAGGAGGUGACGAUGGUCAGUCCUGACGGCGACGAAGAGGUCGAUGCUGACGAGCGCGACGACGAGUUCGCCCGCAUCUUUGCCAAUGAAGAAGCGCCCAAGCUCAUGAUCACGACCCGCCCGUUUCCAUCGGGCGACCUCUACCACUUUAUCCACGACCUCCUGGAUCUGUUGCCGAACUCGUUUUACUACAAACGAGGCACGUUUGACAUCAAAGAGAUUGUGCAGUUUGCCUGUAACAAGAAGUUUACGCACUUGGUUGUGCUCUCGGAGAAGAGCAAGAUCUGUAACGGCAUGCUAGUGAGCCGAUUACCAGAAGGUCCGACGGCGUUCUUCAAAGUGUCGAACGUGAAAUUGACCGAGAGCAUCAAGGAACGAGGUCGACGCACGGACCAUCAACCCGAGCUGAUUCUGAACAACUUUUCCACGCGUCUGGGCCACCGCGUGGGUCGGUUCCUGGGCUCGCUGUUUGAGCACCAGCCUGAGUUCGAAGGUCACCAGGUCGUGACGUUCCACAACCAGCGCGACUUUAUCUUUGUACGGCACCACCGGUAUACGUUUGAGAACGAGAAGAAGGCGCGUUUGCAAGAGAUCGGGCCGCGGUUUACACUAAAGCUGCGCUGGUUGCAGCAGGGCACGUUCGACACGAAGUUUGGCGAGUUCGAGUGGAUCCACAAGCAGCACCAGCUCGAUACGUCGCGCCGAAAGUUCCAUCUCUAA